GGUGCAAAAGGGACUGCUAGAUAGACUGCAGACCUGUUUAAGAAUGAUUAUGACCCAAACUGUAAAGAUAAUGUUUCAAUUUUAUUGUUAACAGAGGAAGUGCUCAAACAGUUUUCUCCAAAGACCAAACCCUACAGUGACAGUAAGAGUGUGUGACCUUUGGAAUCAUCACUAGUUCAUUAUUUGUUCUUUUUUCUGUUGGAAGUUUUCAUAGAACACUGCAUCCAUGAGCAGCUUUUAAUUGUGUUUUUCAAAGCAAAAUAUGAAGAACCUUAACAUUAUCUACUGGGUGACGACGGUUAAUCAACUUUCAGAAUGCCUCUGGAUCACUUGUUGAAGGUGAUUGUUCUUGGCAGAUCACAAGUUGGCAAAACUUCAUUUGUUCAGCAGUAUGUCAGUGGACAUUUUAAGGAAGGCUACAAGGUCACCAUUGGAGUUGAUUUUGCCAUGAAAACAAUGGAAUGGUCUGAUGAUCAGAUAAUAAGACUGCAGUUCUGGGACAUACAAGGGCAAGAGGACACCUUACCUAUGACAAGAGCCUUUUACAAAGAUGCAGAUGGUUGUAUUUUGAUGUUUGAUCUAACCAAUGACAAAUCCUUCAAAUACUGCAAAUUACUUAAACAAGCAGUAGACACCGAAAUACCAACCAAAGAUGGACAUUCACUUCCUUGCAUUCUACUGGGAAAUAAGUGUGACUUGACAAAUCGAGUCAUGACCAGCAAAGACGUAGCAGAUCUAUCCAACAGUCUUCAAUGCAUUGCAUGGAAGGAAAUAUCAGUUAAAGAAAACAGACAUGUUGAAGAGUCAGUCAGAUGCAUUUUGGAAGCAAUAAUGGAAAAAAGAACAGUUCCCAAUGAACCGGUUUUAAACACUAUAGAAGACAUUCCAAAAACACCACCUCGUCAUAGAUCCUGCUGCAAAACCUAAAUUGGCGUUAAAGACUAGAAGAUGUGGAAGACCAACUUUGCUCAGUAUUAUUUGGUCCCAGCAGUGAUCUAGAUAAUAGUCCUUCAAAGUCAUGUCCCUCAUGACAAAACAGAACAUAAAUGUUUCCUGGGAAGCCACUCAUUCAUCGCACUUUGAAGGUUAUUUGCUCAGUGGUCCAAGAACAUCAUAUCAAUUACUCAAUUACUUCAAAUGACUAGGCUUGAAGAGGUAAUAGUUUGUUCCUCUCGCUCUGCUGCACAAAAGACUUCACUUGCUUUCUCACAUCAUUUACAGCUUGUGGUCCUGGGGUGCCUUGUAUUUUUAAGUGUUUUGUUUUUAAACUUUCUUUGUAAAGUAAAAACAUGGACAAGAUCAGAUGAACUUCAACUGUGAGCUAAUCAAAAUAAAGAAAAGUUUUUUUAAAAAAUUUGUCUCCAUUCACACGAGACUAGGAAAUGAAAAUCUUUAAUUCUUAUUCUUGGAAGUGUACAAAGGACUGUGAAGAAAUAUUUAUAAAUAUGCAUGAUGUCCAAAUUAUCUGCUCUAAGAACUAUACUGUAGAACAUUACUUAUGAUAUCCUAGGAAUAAUGAAAAAGUUCCAGGGCAAAGAUUUCCCUCCAUACUUUUUCUGUAAAAUGUAAUGUUCACAGUUACAUCGUUUGUCUCAGUUCUUUGAUCAAACAUUUGUUUCUACAAUGAAGUUUGCAUAGGUUAUGUCCAGGUAUUCCAGCUUUCUCCCACUAUCUAUAGACUAAAUUUUGCAUUUGUACAUUACCCCUGACAUUUGUCUGUGAUGGACUGGCUACACCAUAUGUUUUCACAAUGGAGCUUUCUUAUAAUGGGAAGUUAUUUUCUACAAAAUGGAUUUGAAAUUACACCCUAGCACCAUCUACUGACAGAACAAUAUACUGUGCCUUAACCCACCAAUAUUACAGAACUACUUCCUGGAAAGAAAAUCCAAGAUUAAAUGCCAGAUAAAUGCCAGAUAGCUGGUGAUCACACUUUUUAGACUUUUAAAUCUUGAGCUCUCCAGGAUUAGGGCUUGAAAUGUACAAUCUAAAGGAGAUCCAACAUUAAAAAUAUUCCAGUAUGAUUACUAGAAGAUUCAAUCAAAAAUAUCAAGAUGUCAAAUAUAUCAAAAGAUCAUGCCAUCUCUUCAAAAAAAAAUCACAAGUAGAACAAGGCAAGAGACAUUGGGAAGGUGUUUUAAUUCAUUUAAAAAAUGCAAUGGACAACAAAUUUUACAGUAAACCGACAGGAAAAUACAUGUAUAUCAAUCUACAUAAGGGUGGGUUUGCUCUGGUGCUGGAAAGUCUGUAUCAAACCUUAGUUCCUGGGCUAAUGCAACUCACUACUGGAUUGACUGGACAAAUUUAGGUCUCAACUCCUGAUAUGCAGCCUUAGAGAUCUGAACAACCUACAAACCCUGAUCUACUCCAUAGCAUGUUUUAUUAAAAUAAAAAAUAAACCAAGUGAAAAAUUAAUGAAUUUGUAGUCCAUACCUGUUGUAUUACAAAUUUGAGGUUUACCGAUAUUUUGCAGCAAACCCGUACACCAGACAACAUAUUCCAGUAUAUAAAAAAUUAAAAAAGGAAAACUCCCAGAAGACUGUAGAAAACUUAAUAAAUGCAAAGUGAUGCACCCACCGCAGGUAUGAUACACCCACACUUAAAAAAAAAAA